AUGCUGUCAAGCAAAACACUGAAAAAUUGGUAUCAUUUCCUAGCCGGUUUGAUUGUUGCAACACUGGCAAUAUGCUGGCUACCGAAUCAAGUUCGAAGGAUCAUGAUGGCUGCCAGGCCCAAGCAAGACUGGACAGUCUCUUAUUUCAGGGCAUAUAUUAUUCUCCUCCCCAUAGCAGACAUCUUCUUUUACCUUAGCUCUGUGGUGAAUCCACUCCUGUACAACAUUUCCUCCCAACAUUUCCGGAAGGUCUUUCUUCAAGUCCUCCGAUGUCGCCUGUCCAUAGAGCAUGCCAACAAAAAGAAGUACUUGGCAAUCAGUUUAAACUCUGCAGCCAAUAUCAAUCGUUCCAAACGCCCAUUGAUCUUCACGUCAUCCAGGCGAAAGUCUUCCACCAAAGCAGCACAGAAAGUCUCCUCAAAUAUUCUUCAGGAUGAGGCUGAAAUUGACUCCAGUUUACCAAAGCAGAGUCCCAAGUCGCUAGAGCUCAAUGUGAGAACACAGAAGGUUUCCUCAAAUAUUCUUCAGGAUGAGGCUGAAAUUGACUCCAGUUUACCAAAACAGAGUCCCGAGUCACUGGAGCUCAAUGUGAGAACAAUGCCUCUGGAAACCAGCAUAGAUCCAAGUCUUGUUAACCAGAAUGGCAUUUGUGAACAUGAGUAGUAAAUACUCAUAAAAAAAGUUAUAGAAUACACAAUAGGCUAAAAGAAGCAAUAAAGGAAAACA